CGGUGUAUAGGCGUUUAGUCAGGCACGCUUCUCGGCAUCAGGAAAUGUCCAUGAGAAUGGAAAUAGAUGAUGAUUCAGAGGUGGAAGACAUGGAUACUUCUGACAUGCCAUGGUGUUGGUUCUUCAAGGCUGAGUGUGGAAUGUGGCACAUACUUGAUACUGAAUCAACUAAUGGCUCAGUGACCAGUAAGGAAAUUGAGGAGUAUUACAUGAAUGCUGCACGUGGUACCGUGGUCUUUACCUCCAACAAUUAUGAUUUUUCUUUGAACUUUUCAGAAAUGAAACUAACAAACAGGACAACUGGAAGUCAGUGUCAAUUAAAGCGAGGUCCUUAUCAUUUAACAACAUUUACGUUUAUCAGUGAUCAUCUAGACAUAUCUGUUCCAUCUCAUUGGGAAAAUGUUAAAGAUGAAUCUUAUCAGCUUAUUUCUUUGGACACAUACACAAGUGAAUAUCUAGAAGUCAGUAAACUUUUCAGAAACACUUUGGCCGUAACCAUUAAAGGAAUAAAAAGAAUUCAAAAUAUUCACUUGUGGUACUUUUUUUGCAGGAAAAAAAUACAAUUGAGUAAGAUUAAGCAAGGUAAACAGCUUCAAGAAAUGAAAUUAUUUCAUGGAACCGAUAAUGCAAAUAUAGGUGGCAUAUGCUUGUAUAACUUUGACCCACGAUUACAUGGUAGUUAUGGAGGAGCUGUUCUCGGAAAAGGAACCUACUUUGCAAGAGAUGCAGCAUACGCAAAAAGAUACUGCCGAACAAGUGUGCCAUCAACUGCAGACAGGAAUCAGAAUAAAAUUAUUAUUCUGGCACGAGUACUUGUUGGAGAGUACAUUGCAGGAUGUCGAGAAUAUACUAGGCCUCCUUCAAAAAAGAGCACCCCAACAAACCUUUACGACAGCUGUGUGGAUGAUGAAAAUAACCCUAAAAUAUAUGUUAUCUUUGAUAGCAACCAAAUAUACCCAGAAUAUAAUAUUAACCUGAGGCACCUUGGAACAGCUUUUUCAAAGAGAAACAAUAGAAUUUGUUACUGUGUAUAAUAUGGUAGAAUUUUUUUAAUGGAUGUGUGAAAACUUUAUAUAUAUACUUUAGCAUUAAGAUGGUCAUGUCCAUUUAAACAGAAUCAUUUAAAAAAGAGCACAGCUCUUUCUCCUCAUUUUCAUUCAUGGUUGAAUGACAAAGAUUGCCUAUGGCCACUUAUCCUAUGUAUCCUUUUGGAAGCAGUGUUGGCCAAAGUGGAUGGAAAAAACUACAGUUAUAGUAGUAAUAGAAGAGUUGUGGCAUUUUUAGUAUGAUUAUAUACUGUAAUACUUUUAUAAUUAUUUUUAUUUUUGAUCAUGCAGUUGUUUUUUACAGUUUGAAUAAUGUGUUAAUGAAUCAAGAAAUCCUUAUUCUUUUGUAAACAAGUCUAAAGGAACAAUAAUGACACAAGACAAUUGCCAUAUUUUAAAAGGGAAGACCACAAUGGUUACUUUUACCUGUAUGAGUUCCAAGGGAACCAAAGUAAAGGAGAUUUUGUAGCAGUAUGGUACAUAGAAUUCCACUUAGGUGGUCGUCAGGGUUCCUCAACUAAGAUAGGUGGGACUGUUCUGCUUGUUAUUGAAGCUCAAAAGGGUCCUUGGUACUUGAAUUAUUGCCACAGACAGGGAUUCCUGGCAGGAUGGCUCAAAAUUUCCUAAGGAAAUUCUCAGCUUCAUAAAUUAAUUCAAAGGAGUGCUCCAGAUGUAGGUGAGUCAGAGAAAGAGCUCCUGAAGUAUUGACACCAGAAUUGGAGAGACAGAGAGGAAAAGUAAACUGGUAGAUGAAUGAAUACAUUUUAGUGAUUAAGCCAAUGUGUAAGAGGGGUCUCAUGUAAAAAAAAACUUGCUUGGAUUCCAUACUAAAAUUCUGCUUAUGCUACAAGAGUAAAAAUGGUAUGCGCACAAAAAAUAGAAUUUAUAAAACUGUAUAUAUGCCACAUGUCAUGCCAAGUUCCUUGGUAAAUCUCAAUUCAACUUAAAACUAUACAUUUAUGCACAUGCUCUUAGCCACUCUCCAUCUCCUCCUUCCAGUAACCAUGUUUCACUUAAAAAAUGUCUGUCUAAAUACCUUUACAACAAACCGUGGGAGAACAAUGAAAACAAAACUUCAGUGAAUGUGAACUUGAGGUAUUAAUGACUGAAAUGAAGACUGCCAAAAAAUUUUUGUGCUGAUGGUUUCAAUGUGUCAGUCAAAAAUAACAACAUCCAAAUGUCUUUAAAUUACCAUUGUGUUAAUGUCCUGGGUUAUCUAUGUGCUCAUCUUGGCCUAUUUUAGAUGGCAGGGGCACUCCAUGUUUCUGCACUAUUGUGUAGUACUGCACAAACCAUCACAAUGCAACAAAUCUUUGUGGGGUUAUGCAAGGAGUAAGUUUUGAUUGAUUUUUUGGUUCAUGACGAUGACUAACUUAUAAGCUGAUUUAGAGCCAUCUUCUUUACCUGUGUGCUGAAUUGGAGCAUGCCUUUCAGAAACCAUCACACAGAAAUCAUACAAUCCCUGCUCUGUUGCAGGUUUUAACAACAGGAGGGUGUUUGGCGAUAGGCACUUUUCAGCGUGAACUGUCUCUCUGGUCAGGAAUCUCACAGUCAUCCUAGAGCUAUGUCCUGCUGUAAGCUAAAUAACUGCUGGUUCUCUCCUUCUUCUGUGUGCUUCUUCCUACACUACAUGAUAUGUUAUAAAAUACAUAUAAUUACUCUGGAGAGUGCUGGGGAUGGGAGGAGGGGUGGGGAUCCCCCUUGGAAUUUCAUGGGAGCUUAUAUAUGUAUUGCUUUGAAGACUGAGGGGAUGGCGGGGCUUUAUCCCCAUUGGUGGUUUGAUCGUGCUUAAAUACAAGGUCAGAACUUGAUGUGCCGCUACACAGCAGUACAUAUCCACUACCUUCUGCAAAAGCAUACUGGCCCACUUCAAGCCCUGGGUAUAAUUAAGAUGCUGCCAAGAUCAUCCAGUUUCCUUAUGGUCAGGGUUAGCAGGCGGAGAUCAAAAGGCAAAACGCAACUGUUGCAAUUGACUGUGCACAUGUUGCAAUGAAGGCACCAUCGCAGAAUGAAUUUGCUUUUGUAAACAGAAAGUAUUUUCAUUCAAUUAACAUAGAAAUAAUAUGUGACACUGAAAUGUGUCUGCCUAAUGUUGUUGCAAGGUGGCUCAGCUAAACCUGCAGUUCUUUAUGUCUGGUCCUGCUGUUUGUGAAGGCUGGCUUCUUGGUAACGCUGCCUUAGCCAGUUAUGUUGUACAACCCACAGCAAACCAAUUUUAUAGAUAAAAUAUGGUAGACAGGCUAUUGGGCAAUUAACAUUAAACAUAUGUAUUAAGCAUUAUUGCCAACUUUAAAGACUGCUAUAUUGAGAGAACAUGUCAGUUAGCUGUGAUACAAUUAGUUCAAGAACAUCAGAAUGUGAAUGAUGCAUUACUGAAAUGAACAAUUAAGCAAGAUUUUCUGUUCACUUUAUUGUCCUGCCACACUGGGUCACUAAAAUGCCAACAUCAAAAAAGUCUGCAUAGGGCUUGCAAAUUGUCGAAACUUGUCAUAAUGUUAAGCCAUUCUUCACAGCUAGUUAAUGUUUUAUAAAAAAGAUGGCCUACUCACGUUACUGAGCAUAAGGAACUUUUAUACAUGAGGCCCCAGGUAAGCAAAGAACAAUUAAAUCGGUUUAGCCAUGCCAGUGAGACAAGCUAGGGUUGUAAUGUUUAUCAUAUUUUGUUUGAUACCUUAUUUCUUUCUUUCACUAUCUGUCCCUUAACUGGUUCUUGGGCUAAUAAACAAUUCUUUUUAUAA